AUGCAGAACCUUCCUCACCGUCGCUAUGGCGAUGCUGGACUUCAAGCCGCGUUACCACAAGCCGCAUCUCAUUCACAAGUACCAUCAUCACAAAUCGCCCCCGUGAGUUUCAAGCCCAUCGACUCAACAGAAACCGUGUCCUCGGAAACAUGGAUCAACAGCACCCACACGUCUUCUGACGAUGCCCUCACCGCGUCCUUUAUUGUUCGAGACGUACAAGCACGCCUAUCUGGGCGAGUUCCUGGUCCAGAGUGGAGCGCACAUGGAAUGACCUCUUCUGGGUGGGACAUCCUCCGAAGACUUCUCAAAGACAGUGUCAAUCACGACAAAUUGCGGUAUGACUAUUUCCCCGGGACCCAGACCUUUGUCCACCGAAUGCCUUCCCACACCCACGACUUGGCCUGUAACGGCUUCGCUCAGAUCGUCUUGAGAGAGCUCACCUGGAUAUGCCACGGUGCACCGGAAAAACAGCAGUUCCUGCGCAAUGCUUUCCUCUGCUGUCGCGGCAAUGGAUUCUAUGGACUUGUAAUAGAGGUGGCAUAUGCGCAGAAAUCCAAACAGCUCGAGAAACUGGCCCAGUUCUACCUCUUCGACGCCCAUCUUAACACUCAAAAGGUUGUUGGUAUUGCUAUUGACUAUGAUCGCUCCAAGAGAGUCACUUUACACACUUGGCAACGCGAUAAUUCUAAUGCAGCCACCAGUGGCCGAAUUCAACACUAUUCUCAAGAAGUGCGAACUGAGACUGGCGCGCGAGUCUCUGGCCCUCCUCUUCAGAUUUCUGUGUUCGAUAUCGCACCACCGUCCUUGGUACCGUCCUCCCUCCAUGGCGUAACUAUUCCGAUCUCGCUUGAAGGACUCUGUGAUGAUAUCGAGCUAGGAGAGGACGCGACUACGCAGCGUGAGAGGUAUGCUCUAGAGAAGGCACGAAGAUUUCAGACCUUGGGUGGCUUGGACUGCAACGAUUGUGACUCUUCUGAAGAAGGUGAAAAUGAAACUAACGCAGGUACUCGGAGAGUUGAUGAAGAUUACGUUCUAAGCCGGGCCGGCCUUGAGAGCCCCGAGUCAGGUCUCCCCAAUUCAAACCUGUAG